AUGAGUGAGACCGGAACUGGAGACGACGGCACAGCGAAGAAUUUAGCCGGAAAUCCAACCGAAGAAGCCAAGCAGUCUGCUGUUGAUGCAGCAGCAGCAGUAGCAGCAGAAUCGACGAUCACCAACGAAACCGGCGGCACUGGGACUGCCGAUAGUAGUCCCAAAUCAGGACGGUCUUCAAGUGGUGGCACUGGCCAGGACACUUCCAUGUCUCGUGAGGGCAGUCACAGCCCUCGAGAGCAGCAUUCAGAGCGUUCUGAUGGCUCUCCAACGAGAGACGGCGCUUCGGGUAAAGCCGAAUCGAUCAAGAGCAAAGUGUCCGAAAGAGAAGCGACUGCAAAGGAAUCCGCCUCAAAACAUCGCGACGAGUCGACAGAAUCCUUGACGAGAAGACGAUCGCCUGAAAAAGGACAAGAAGCCAGGAAGGAAGAUUUAGGAAGUAGUGAGCGUCGUCGUGAAAAGAGGAGUAGCCAGGAACGAGAUGACGAGCGAGAGAGGGAGAAUUCGCAAGAGGGUGGAAGAGGACGAGAGAAGCGAAGACAUGCUAGUGAUGCAGCAGAUCGGGGAACGCAGAAAGAUGACGACGAGAAACGUGAGAAAAGAAGAGAGAAACGACGACGAGACAAACGUGAAAAGAGUUCGAGUAAAGAGAGAAGCCGACAUCACAGACAUGGCAAGAGUACAAGACCAGAGAAUGAGAGUGACAAUGAGCGACAGCGUAAACGUCGGAGAAGUAGAGAAGCGGAAGAAAGACAACGUAGACGUGAGGCAUAUAAUGAUGAUGAUGGCGGCGGUGACGAUGAUAGAAGAAAGAGAAAGAGUUCUACGAGUCCGCGAAGACGAGGAGAAAUUGCUCGUGAUCGACGAGGAGGCUCCAGAGAUGCAAACAGUCGAGAAGAGACGAGAACGAGGGCGUCUGAGAAUCGUCGGACAGACGACACGGAAUCAGCGCCGACGAGGAAGGAGCCAAUGGACAUGUUAAAGACACGUACAGGUGGGGCGUAUAUUCCACCGGCGAAAUUGAAGAUGCUUCAAGAGCAGAUUGCCGAUAAGAACAGUGAGCAAUAUCAACGCAUCAACUGGGAGAGACUCAAGAAGAAGAUACACGGACAGGUGAACAAAGCGAAUACGAGUAAUCUGGUGAAUUGUGUUCGAGAUUUGCUGCAGGAAAACAUUAUUCGUGGGAAGUGA